CAGACAGCGGAACAAAAGCCCCGUACCCAGCUGACUAAAUUUGAGAUGGGAUGAACUAUGAAAAGCUUGUUAAUGGCUCUUUAAUACAAUACGUGUCAUCCUAUACGCGUGCUCGCGGAAACUCAACACAGAGCUAAGUCAACAUACUGGGAGCCACUGACAAAACAGUGAUGCUGGUUGUGAUGGGAUAAUGUUUGUCGUUACAGCUAUUUCUGUUCACACUUCUUAAAACUUGUGUGUGGAAUGGGGAGAUUCUAUCAGGAGUAAUCAGAAGUAAUGUGCUUUAAAUGGCAAAUAGCGCGAGGUAAUUUAUUACGCCUAUCGAUGGCCAGUCAAGUUGUGUUUGAUUUUGGGAUUUGGUAGACAUAACAGUGAAAAUUACGGAGGAAAUCAUCCCAGACUAGCAGAGAUACAAAGGAAGGAUACAGUAAUUGGAAUAAAUUGAGGUAUUUUUAAUUUGUUAUGGCGUGGAGAUGCACUGUUCAGAAACCGCGGAAGGUCAUCGUUGUAGCUCUACUGACGUCCAUAUUUUGGUUUGCGCUCAAUACCGUAAUACUUGUUUCAUAUCAGCUAAAUAUUCCUUCACGAGAUCACAAAAGUUACAUUAUCUCUGAUCAGAGAAAAAAAGAUGAUUGGCUUGAAUUUGAGCAAAAGUCAAAGGAAUUAGCCAGCGUAGAGAAAUUAUUGCCACGUGGAAUUUCAGAGAUCGCACUCCACGGCGGAGGGAAACUCGACACCAUAAACACUGAGAUAUCAAAGAUACUGAAGUAUAAGUCAGAUCACGACAGGCAAUUGAUUCAAAAUGGACUCGUUAAAAAUGGUAAAAAGGAAUCAGUGGAAAGACUACGGUUCAAAGAAGAUACUAUAACAGAAAGCAAAAGGAAAAAACCUAAAGUUUUAAAUCAAAAACUCAUUUCGUCAGUGAGAUCCAUUGCCGAAGACAACCCAAGGAAAGAUUCUGCCGACACGAAUAUUGGCGUCGCAAGAUUCCCGACACAUGACCCGAAUGGUCCGGGGGAAAAUGGCAAAGCUGUGAGGAUAUUAGAUAAAGAAAAAUACAACGAGAAGGCUGGUUACGAUAAGUACGCUUUCAACGAAUAUGCCAGUUCUAAAAUUUCUCUUGACCGAUCUAUUCAGGACACAAGGAGUCCAGGAUGCGUUAGUAAAUUGUACCAUGUCUCGGACCUACCUACUACAAGUGUGGUGAUCUGUUUCCAUAACGAGGCAUGGUCCACUCUAUUACGCACUGUUCACAGUGUGUUAAACCGCUCGCCCCCAGACCUCCUGCACGAGAUUAUACUCGUCGAUGACUUCAGCACCUUUGAUCAUUUGAAAAAGCCGCUCGAAGAUUACGUAUCAAGGCUCACUAAGGUCCAUAUCAUAAGGACAAAAAAGAGAGAGGGGCUUAUACGGGCUCGUCUUCUUGGAGCCAACGCAGCUAAAGCCCAAGUGUUAACAUUUCUUGACGCUCAUUGUGAAGCAAACGUGAACUGGUUAGAGCCCCUACUAGAAAGGAUCCGACAGGACCAUACCAUUGUUCCUGUGCCAGUUAUCGAUAUUAUAAGCUCCACAGACUUCUCAUACUCAGGGACACCAGCCGAAGUUAUUGGCGGUUUCAGCUGGGACAUGCAGUUCAACUGGCAUUCAUUACCUCUGAGUGUUCGAGACAAACGCAAAGACUCUAGCGAGCCAAUCAGGACUCCUACAAUGGCAGGAGGGCUGUUUUCUAUUGAUCGCAAGUACUUCUUCGAAUCUGGCUCUUACGACGAAGGAAUGGAAGUUUGGGGAGGAGAAAAUCUGGAGAUGUCCUUUCGAAUUUGGCAAUGUGGAGGAAAAAUAGAAAUAAUUCCAUGUUCUCGUGUUGGUCACGUGUUCCGCUCUCGUUUUCCAUACAAGUUUCCGGGUGGCUAUCAUGAGGUCACGGUGAAUCUUGCACGUGUUGUUCACGUAUGGAUGGAUGAAUACAAAAAGUUCGUGUUUAUGAAGAGACCGGACUUAGAAGGAGUCGAUCAUGGAAACUUGACAAAGCGCUUGGAACUCCGUGAGCGGCUUAUGUGUAAAAGCUUCAAAUGGUACUUGGAUAAUGUUUAUCCUGAACAAACUACCCCAAGUGAGGAAAGUCACGCAUAUGGGGAGGCUCGCAAUCCUGAGACUGGAAUGUGCCUUGAUACAAUGGCCAGGUCUAUUGGCUCUGAACUGGGUGUGUCUCCUUGCCAUGGGAUGGGUGGAAAUCAGCAUUUUGUUCUAACGGACGAUGGGGAGUUGAAAGCUGGAGUAAAAGAUUCAUUUUGUGUUGGAGGAGAGUCUGACAGUGUGUAUCUUUUUUCUUGUGGAGAAGCCAGCCAACAAUGGGAACUGUCAAAGGGCACCCUUCGUAACACGCAUCAAGAAAGAUGUUUAGAGCUUCAAGGAGAUGGAAAUACAGUGGCGAUAAAGAACUGUAACAUGUUACCCAAUCAGAAAUGGGCAUUUUCCAAGACCUCCUAGGCCUACUUGAAAUAUAGCAAAUUGAAAUAUAUCUUCUUCGUGAGAAAUUUAUAUGAAACAUUUUAAGGUUUUUGCUGCCCUCAAAGGCAGGUUUAUUUAUAUCAGUAGUUGCAGAAAAUUAUUUCAAUAUGCUCUCCUCAAUAGCCUAAUGCAAUAUCGUUUCGUUCUAUCUGCUGUCAGUCUUUAUCUUUUUCACUUCAUAUGGCUGAGGUUCGUCGAACCCGCAAUAUACGAAUUUGUUGCCUGACUUAUAAACUCCCUUAUAUCUAGCGGGAAAUUCCAAAAGAGUUAAACAUUACACACUCACGACACAGAUCAGAUCUAGUCCCCGAUUUCUUUCUUACGGCACCGUGACACACUCACUCACUUUUGCCUCAAACAAUACAAACUGAUUUUCAUCUUUCCGAUUUCAUAGUGUCUACAGUGCAUACGUUUUUUUUUUUAGAAACUUCUACUUUAAAAACAGUAAUAAAGAUAUUGAGGCAUUUGCCUGAGUUUCUAUUACCUUCAUUUAAGGGUUACGUUUUUACGUGGAGGGCAAAAUAUUUUUGAGGGAGAAUACAUUUUUUAAAAGGAAUAAAUUUUCGGAGGGCAGCUAGUUUUUGGAGAGUGACCCGGCUAUCUAGGAAGGAAACUCUGUUUUGAAGAUAGGCCGACCUAUCUCUAGAGAGGUAUGUACUUUUCGCAAGGAAUGUGUUUUUGAGGGGGUUGUAUUAUUGUACAGGUGGUGACCUUCCCUUACAGUUUUCCUGUUCUCAGAAGAUGUCCCAUGUUCUUUAAAAAUGUUUGGUUAAGUUCCCUUCUUCCCAUUAAUCUCCUGUCAAAUAGGACGCAUGGUUUCGUCAUGUAGUUGAUUUAUUUGGCGUUCUCUACCAUUCUAUGAACACAUUAUGCUACGGCUAACCUCGAACAUGCGGAAACUACGGUUGUCUUUGCCUCAAAGAGUUGUAUUUAUAUGCCGUGAUGGUUACCACCAAAGGGAAAAGAAUGGCACCUCUGAUUGGCUGCCUCCAUUUGAGAACUAUUUUUAAAGUUAAAAAAAAAUUGAAAGAAAAUUUGUGGUUGCCUUAUUGAGUUCUUAGUAGCGAUAACUAACGGUCAUUUAGUAAUAAAAGCUUAUGAAAACCAUGAACCAUAUCCUGUAACAAUAAUGAAACUGUUACAUUAAACUGCUGGGAGAUCAAC